CAAAGUGAAGUUUGGAAGGAAACGAAGCCUUGUUUUCUUUUCUUUUUUUUGCCUACAGGAGCCAUUUAGAUUGAUCUAAACGUGAAUAAACAUGGAAAUGCCGAAAUGGGAGAGAAAAUCGCGCAUACUUCUCUGCGUUUUCGGUUUGUUUUUGUCUGUGUAUGCGCUUCACGUCGAGCUGUCCCGAGAGAGAGACCCAGAAUACAGGGCGAUGUGCGACCUGGGGGAGUCUGUGAGCUGCUCCAAAGUUUUCACCUCCAGAUGGGGACGAGGUUUUGGCUUGGUCCAGUUCUUUGUUGCCAAAGAUAGCCAUCUGAACCAGCCCAACAGUGUGCUUGGCCUCAUAUUUUACACUCUCCAGAUGGGCCUGGGACUGUCUCUGUCCAAAAAGGCAGCAAUGUUCCUGGUCUUCGCCUCCUGGGUGUCUGUGGCCGGCUCACUCUACCUCGCAUCUAUUCUCGCCUUUGUUCUGGGGGAUUUCUGCCUGGUCUGCGUGUCAACAUACAUCGUCAACUUUGCGUUGCUCUUCACCAACCUGAGACGUAGGACAGCAAUUGAAGGAACGAAGGAGAAGGCUGGAUAGAAAGUGACUACUUGAGAAAUUCAACACCUUUUUUUUGUGUUGAACAGUAUUUCUACAUUGAGGAACAGGCCCGGAGAUGCAUCUCAGAAGAUCUAUAACAUGAUUUUUUUUUUAUGUGCAGAAACUUACCAAAGCAGUCAUUUUGUAUACAAAUGUUUAUUUGUGAUGCAGAUUACACAUUUUUGAAUACUACCUCUUGCCCCAUGUGGUAUAGGCCUGGCUUGUUAAGACAUCAAUAAUCCUUAAAAUGGAUCAUUUGUCUACAGUAAAUGAUCACGGGGUGAAGCAGUAGAGAUACAUGCAGUUGCUCAGUCUAACCAGGAGAUGGAGCCACAUGUACAGUGUUAUCAUGGUGAAUGUGGAUACCGGAGAAUUAUAGUACACAGCAGUAUUUGCAUUGCAUUUAUUACAAAAACUAACAUGGUAUUGUAAGUUAAAUACACAAUAUCGUGGCUGGAUUUCGAGUUUGACCUAACACAAUGUUACACAAUUCACAGUAUGAAUUUAAAUAAGUAACUAAAAUUAGAUUUUUACACAGAGACCCUAGGCAAGACAAGCUACACAUUUUGGGUAAUAAAGCAGGACCCACCAAUUAGUUGAUUUAGGCCUACUCUGUUGGUGCAGAUAGAAAAAUAACUAUAAAGUAGACCUAUUUCAAAUUAGCUUAAUCUUGACCAGCUACAACUUCUGAUAAUAAAAACGAUAAUGUAUUUUGUGUGCUUUUACUUUUGUUAAGUUACUUCACGGAUAAUUGGCUUCUUCUGUACUUUUACUGAAUUAAAUAUUUG